UAUUCUAUUCAUAGGUUGUGCUUUUCUAGGGGAGGGGAUUCUUCAAAAGUACUUAUUUACCAUUUCUGUGUUAUGGUAUUUAUAUUACAUUUAGGGGUUAUGUUGUAUAUAUAUAUAUAUAUAUAUAUAUAUACAGAUGCAGGUGGACAGGCAGAUAACUAGUCAAACGAACAAACAGGCACCCUACUACGCAGCAACAAAAUUAUUGGCUCACAAGAAAUCGAACCACGUCUCAGUAACAACAGCCAGCCACUCAAACUAUCAAACAAGCCAAAACCAGAUCAUCACUCAGAAGCACCCACAUAAACAACUCUAAUCCUAAUCUGCAUCACACAGAUGGUAAUUACAGUAUAUCACAGAAGCGAGUACAUCCCUUCACAUUUUGUAAAUAUUUAAGUAUGUCUUUUCAUGUGACAACACUGAAGAAAUGACACUAAGUUACAAUGUAAAGUAGUGAGUAUACAGCUUGUAUAACAAUGUAAAUGUGCUGUCCCCUCAAAAUAGCACAACACACAGCCAUUAAUGUCUAAACUCCUGGGAACAAAAGUGAGUACACCCCUGAGUGAUAAUGUCCAAAUGGGGCCCAAAAUGUCAAUAUUUUGUGUGGCCACCAUUAUUUUCCAGCACUACCUUAACCCUCUUGGGCAUAGAGUUCACCAGAGCUUCACAGGUUGCCACUGGAGUCCUCUUCCACUCCUCCAUGAUGAUGUCACAGAACUGGUGGAUGUUAGAGACCUUGCGCACCUCCACCUUCCGUUUCAGGAUGCCCCACAGAUGCUCAAUAGGGUUUAGGUCUGAAGACAUGCUUGGCCAGUCCAUCACCUUUUCGGUUGCGCUGUUUAGUCAAUUCAUGUCUGGGAUUUCCUCGCCUGCUUGUCAGGGACUGAGCGUCAUAUUUCUUUAAAUUUGCAUAGGUCACGCCUCCUUUGCCUUCUAGAUCCCCAGUUGUUUUCGCUCAGUCUUCUUGUAGGGACCUGUUUUAAACUGCUCUGGCAGUUAGAUAGGUGUUAGAGAGGCUUUAGGUUUUAUUAUUUUCUCUCUUCUCCUAACUAGUGGGAGCUGAAGAGUGCAGGUUCCGGCUGCCAUUGCAGCUGGAGCUGCUUUACGUUGCUCGUGGUGGGUGAAUGACUUUGGGGCUCCAGGUCACCCCCUCCACCUCGCUUUUCAGCAGCUGGAGGAGUUUAUCCCGGCUGGGAUACUCUGGAAGGCGCAGAGCUGCUGAUUUGGCUGCCGGCAAGCCACGGGUCACCCGAUAUGCCGGAUUAACCGCGGCCGCCAUUUUAGGCUCCCGUUAGAGUAGGGCGUCACUGCCCGGGGCUCCGAGGCAAACUCUGAGGAGAUUCUUCACUGAUUGGCGCUUGAAGAGCAUUUUGCUCUAGCGCAUUGCCAGCCUUGGGACUGACCCACACUGAAGACCCCAGUUGGUGGAAAUGUCUGGCAGCGGAGGAGUGCAAGAAGCAGGUGGAUUGCUUCGCCCCAAAUUGCUGACAGGUUUGACGGUCCCAGCGGCGGGAGGACAUUGUUUCCUUCUCCACAGCUAAUUUCAGUCUGUACAGAGGGCAGCGAUAGGAGGGCUUAGCCCACGCUUUGAAUAGUCAGCUGCUGGCGUCGCUGGAGUGGAAGGAGACUUAUUCAAGAGUUCCCAGCACAGCAGCCAGAGAGCUAGGAGAGCUUUGCUCUAAUGCCAGUUUGUAUCUUUCUGGGAAGGAGUUGGCAGUUAAUUUAGGCGCCAACUGUGCUAUUGCUUCAGAGACGCAGGCCUUGAAGUGACUUUUAAAAUGGCUGACCCAGAGUUCUCCUCAGACGUGGAACAGCCCCCGACUCCUCCCAGAGCUAAGAAGACCUCUAAAUCUAGGUCUAAGAGCUCUUCUUCCUUUUCCAGUAGGAGGGAGCCUAACCAAGGAGCUCCUAGAUCAUCCAUUGAGGAAAGGGAUGCCCAGAGACGGCAUAAUGCCCUGAAAAGACAGUUUGAACGGGCCAAGAAGCAGGUCCAACCUAUUCCUGAACCACCACCUUCUCAAUUUGGAGGAGGAGAUGUUGUUACUCAGUCUGUAGUGGCCAAGCCUCCUUCUGUUACAGCCUUAGAGCUUCAAGGGUGUCAGGAGAAAGACCCAGUACCUGCCCUGGAGUCCCUUGGGGAAGCACAAGCACGGCAGCCAGGAGCCAGAAUGGCACCAGAGGCCACUUAUACCCCGACCGCAGCGGGGCUCCGCGCAGGGGUGGAGCAAGGACAAAGCCAGUCCUUUGAUUUUCAGAUUUUACUGACAAAUGCAUUAGCACAGGCUUUGGCAGCAGGCCUUAAUCCGCAUGGCCAUAUGCAACCACCCUUGACGGGUUGUCAGCCUCAACCCUCCAUUCAAUCGAGGCAUCAUCCUUUAACUAUCACCCAGCAAGAAUCAGUCUGCAGCGAAGAUUCAUGGCAGGAGGAAGGAGACCAAGGGGACCAGGAAUUUUUGGAAGAUGACAGAGCACUGCCAGAUAAGCCGACCUUCGCAACCCUUUUCCGUCCAUCUGUGUUCAAGACAUUGUUACGCAAGGCAAAAUUAGCAAGUAACAUGGGGUCAGUAGAGAGUUCGGGGGAUCAGUAGAGGGCUCGCAGACGUCUCAGAACAAAUUCUUUGCAGUUCCCGCCCCUGACCAUGAUUUUAUUCCGUACCCAGAAUUAUUUUCCGAAGUCAUUAAGAGGCAGUGGGAUCACCCCGGGGCCUUUUCUGCUCCCACGGGUCAUGACAAAAGGACCUAUUGUGUAGACCCAGUAAUAGACAGGCUGUUAGCUUUUCCCAUGGUAGAUCCACCUGUGGUGAGUUUAACUUCCUCUACUGUUUUGUCUAGUGAUGCUGCGGAAGUGUUAAGAACUGAGGAUAGACAAGCGGAGGUUUCCUUUAGGAAGACACACCAAGCAGCUGCUUAGGCGGUAAAAGCAGCGACCUCUGCUUCCUUUUUUAAUCACGCUAAUUUGAUCUGGUUGAAACAAUUGUGUGAUCGUCUUCCUCCAGACGAUUUACGCCUCCAGCAGGAUAUCAAUAAAUGGUUGCUGCUGCCGAGUAUUCGGCAGAUGCAUCUCUAGAUACUGCAAAAUUCGCGGUAAGGGCUAUGGCUUCUAAUGUAACAUCUAGGAGGCUCCUCUGGUUACGCCCUUGGCGUGCAGAUUUAAAAUCAAAAUGGAAAUUGGCCUCCGCCCCCUAUAAGGGAGCGGACCUGUUUGGAGCAGCAUUGGAACCUAUACUUGUAGAGGGUAAGGAUAAACGGAAGGUGCUUCCGGUGUCCUAUCGGAGACCAAACCACAGGUUCACACCGUACCCUCAGAGACAGCCUUUUCGCCAGGACUCAGGACCCAGUGGGUCCUACUUUUCUAGGACUUACCCCCAGGGGUUUGACAGAAAUUCAGAUAGGCAGUCCUUUCAGGACAGAGGUAGAUACCACUGUGCCCCAAGGAGACCCUAUAGAGGAGAAGGAUCCGGAGCAGGAUCCAGACCAGUUAGGUGAGGCAAGUGACUUGCAAUCCCCUCUUCCCAUUGGUGGACAUCUCAGUCACUUCAUCCAUCAGUGGGAAACAACCACGUCCGAAGAUUGGAUACUUCGGAUGGUGAGGCUGGGUCUCACCUUAGAAUUCAGGGCCACACCUCCCAACCGCUUCCUGACUUGCCCAAUGGCCAGACAGCUGGAGAAUCGUCAGCAACUGUCCAAGGAAAUUCAGCAUUUGUUAGAAAUAGGUGCAAUAGAGCCAGUUCCAGCAGGACAGGAAGGGUCUGGGGUUUAUUCGAUUCUGUUUUUGGUCGCCAAAUCUUCGGGGGGCUGGAGAGGCAUCUUGAACCUAAAGUUCAUCAACAAAUUCAUUCUGUACAAGAGAUUCAAGAUGCAUUCUCUCCGGUCAAUAUUGGCCUGUGUGAGACAGGGAGAUGUCAUAACAUCCCUGAAUUUGCAGGAAGCAUAUCUCCACGUGCCCAUACAUCCGCAACACCACAGAUUUCUGAGAUUUGCCUUUGCCGGCAAGCAUUAUCAAUAUCGGGCCAUGCCGUUCAGCCUGUCAUCAGCCCCACGUACCUUCACAAAGUUGCUGGCAGCGGUGGCGGCUUCGAUUCGUCUCGUCCCAAUUCGACUGUUGUGUUACCUGGACGAUAUAUUGCUUCUGUCUCCCUCACAUCAGCAGGCCUUACGAGAUCUACAGACUGUAUGCCGCAUUCUCGAUCUUCACGGUUUCUCCAUCAACCGGAAGAAGAGUCACCUGCAGCCCAUGACGCGCAUUACUCAUCUCGGGGCUGUGAUCGAUUCCAUACAAGGCCAGGUUUUUUUGUCGCCAGAAAGGCAACAGGACAUCAGGGCUCUGGUGGACCAUGUUUUAGCAAAGAGGCAGGUAACGUUGCACACCUUAUUGCAACUGCUCGGCAAAUUUAUUUCCUGUAUUGCAAUAGUGCCCUGGGCACGCAGACAUGCCCGCCAGUACAGUGGUUCCUGCUACCAGCGCAGAGAGCCAGCCGCAGUGCAUCGAAUGCCAAGGUGAGGUUACCGGACAAGGUACGUGCUUCCCUUCGAUGGUGGGCGUCUGGGGCCAUACAGAAGGGGUGCCUUUUCCAAGAGCCCACUUGGUUAGUGGUAACAUCAGACGCGAGCCUGACCGGCUGGGGCGCUCAUCUGGGGGCCCAGGUGGUCCAGGGACAGGGGUCACAGGUGGAGGCCAAGUUCAGUAUCAAUUGGCUGGAGCUGAGGGCUGUCCAUCUCGCCCUCCGUCAUUUCCAGGACAUUCUAUUACAUCAACAUGUUCUGGUCUUAACGGACAAUGUGACCACAAAGGCCCAUAUAAAUCGAGAGGGGGGCACUCAAUCCCGGUCCCUGUUGAAGGAGAUGGACAAUCUGUUCAGCUGGGUAGAGAACCACUUAGUAUCUGUUCGAGCAGAGCACAUUUUGGGAGCUUCAAACGUUCGGGCUGACUGGCUGAGCCAGACACAGCUGGACCCAUCAGAGUGGAUGCUCCAUCCGGACCUGUUCCGGGAACUGGUGAAGAAGUUCGGCCAGCCAUCUGUCGACCUGUUUGCCUGUCCAGACAACGCACAACUCCCGAAAUUCAGUCUCACGUUUUCUGAGCCCGGGGGCAAUGGACUACAACGCUCUGUCUUGCCUAUGGCCUGUUAUACGCUUUCCCCCCAAUCCGAGAUUGGUGUCCGAGAGGGCAGAGAUGUUACUGGUUGUGCCUCAUUGGCCGAGAUGCCCAUGGUUCGCUGACCUGGUGGGCCUUUCUGUGUCACAGCUCUGGUGAAUUCCUCAGGGGAGGAUCUCUCUCAGCCAGGGGGCCGU